UAUAUGAAUGGACUCACUCUUUCAAUUAAAGAGAAAAGGUAAAUUGGCUCACGGGGACUAUCGUGGAAAUGGUUUGAGAGAAGAACAAACAGUUUUGUACUUUGUAAACGGAGUACGUGGGAAACAAGGAACGGUACAAGAGAGUGAGAUCUCCAUGCUGUUAGUAAAACCAGAAAACAGGAGUUUAAGACACUUGUAAACUGGAGAGUAGAGCCCACAAAAAGCAAUCAAAAGCCAAAAGUUGUCUUAAAUAUAAAAUUUAACUGAGAAAGACUUCCACAUCGAACAACUCCUCUCUUCUCACUCUCACUCUCUAUAUAUAAUAGACUAUUAUAGGAAGAGAGUUACAUCUUUAUUAUACACAGAAGAAACUGGUACAGAGAGGCUCUCUGGCUAACCAGAUUGCUCGGAUUUUGCUUUAAAGCUGAACCCCAUUUGGAUAAAAUAGAGAGGAAAAAGAAGGUAUGGCGGAUUCGAAUUCUGGGCAACCCCAGUUCAUUGCUUCUAUCGGAAACCAGAGUUUCGCAAAUGCACCACUGAUCCAGAAUGCAGAUACUGAUCAGAUAGUGGUGCCAGACAGAAAAAGCUGGAAAAACUUAUUUGCAUACAUAGGUCCUGGAUUCCUUGUUUCAAUUGCAUAUAUUGAUCCUGGAAAUUUUGAAACUGAUUUGCAAGCAGGAGCACAGUACAAGUAUGGUUUACUUUGGAUCAUAUUAAUGUCUUCAUGUGCUGCUCUUGUUAUUCAGUCAUUGGCUGCCAAAUUGGGUGUUGUUACAGGGAAGCAUUUAGCAGAACACUGCAGAGCUGAAUAUCCUAGAGGCCCAAACUUCAUCCUAUGGGUUCUUGCUGAAAUUGCAAUUGUUGCAUGUGAUAUUCCUGAAGUGAUUGGCACAGCCUUUGCAUUGAAUAUGCUCUUCAACAUCCCAGUUUGGAUUGGUGUCCUUUUGACAGGACUUAGUACAUUGAUUCUUCUAGCAUUGCAGCAGUAUGGGGUUAGGAAACUUGAGUUUUUUAUCACUCUUCUUGUACUUACAAUUGCUGGGUGCUUUUCUGCGGAGCUUGGCUAUGCGAAGCCUGUGGCCAGUGAAGUUCUUGAUGGGCUUUUUGUUCCUCAACUCAAAGGAAAUGGUGCUACUGGUCUAGCCAUUUCACUUCUUGGAGCUAUGGUUAUGCCGCACAACCUCUUUCUCCACUCAGCAUUGGUGCUUUCCAGGAGAAUCCCACGAUCAGUGCGGGGCAUUAAGGAGGCUUGCAGAUUUUAUAUGAUAGAAAGUGGCUUUGCUUUGAUGGUGGCAUUUCUCAUUAAUGUCUCCGUUAUCUCUGUAAGUGGUGCAGUUUGCAAUUCCUCAAAUUUGAAUCCAGAAGAUCAAGCUAGCUGUGAGGAUUUAGACCUGAACAAGGCCUCGUUCUUACUAAGUAAUGUCCUAGGUAAUUGGAGUUCAAAACUUUUUGCAAUUGCUUUGCUUGCAUCAGGUCAGAGUUCUACUAUAACAGGAACAUAUGCUGGGCAAUAUGUAAUGCAGGGCUUUCUUGAUUUACGACUAACACCGUGGAUUCGGAACUUACUUACUCGAUGCUUGGCUAUUGUCCCUAGUUUAAUUGUUGCUGUCAUUGGUGGCUCUGCUGGGGCCGGAAAGCUAAUUAUCAUUGCAUCGAUGAUUUUAUCCUUUGAGCUGCCUUUUGCUCUCAUUCCACUUCUCAAGUUCACCAGCAGUGAGACCAAGAUGGGGACAUACGUCAACCCAAUUGCGGUUUCAGUUGUGACAUGGAUCAUUGGUUCCCUGAUCAUGGGUAUAAACAUAUACUAUCUUGUGACGAGCUUCAUCCACUUGCUUCUUCACAGUCAUUGGAAACUUGUUGCUGUCGUAUUUCUGGAAAUAUUUGGAUUUUCAGGUGUGGCGAUUUAUUUGGCUGCAAUCGCUUACCUGGUCUUCCGGCCUACUAAAGAGUCGACGCAACUUUUGGCAUUAACUACACCUGAAAGUCGGCAGAUGGUUAACGACUCCAGUAGCACAUCAGUGUGCCGUGUUCCUAGAGAAGACAUAGUAAGCAUGCAGUUGCCUCAGAGAAGUCCGACGGAGGACAUUGACUGAUAGACAGUGCAACUUAUUUACAUUAGGAAGGCAGGUUUUGCUGUAGCUUUCUUUUUUCCUGAUAGACAGUGCAACUUAUUUACAUUAGGAAGGCAGGUUUAGCUGUAGCUUUCUUUUUUCCUUUGAACAGUAGAAUUUCGGAUUUGCUCCGCAGAAAUAAGGAAAUGAUAAGGAUUUAAAAUUUGUUUAUCCAAUAACUAGGUUUUACGACCACUUCCAUAUAUUAUAGCUUAACUUUCCAUCCUUUUUAUAAAGCAAACCCCAAAUGCUAAUUUUCCUCGACAAUAUGAGCAUUAGAAUAAAUUUUGGUUUAUAUUUAUGGUUUACUUCCAAUCUC